CGUGGUUCGCCAAGUGAGACGGGACUCCGCUUCCUGGUCUCUCAAAACGAGUGAGGAGAACCAGUCAGGCUGCAGAUGAGCAAGGCACCGCUGUCUCUGUUGACUCGUAUCUGGGGUUUCGUGUUCUGGCUGAGCAGACCGUGAAGGAUGGCUGGAACGUCCAGCGAGACCGUCUCCGGGGAGAAGGAGAAGUUCUCCUCCAGGGUCAUCAACGUCGUGUUCGUCGCUCUGCUGCUGGACCUGCUAGGCUUCACCCUGAUCCUGCCCCUGUUCCCUUCCAUCCUGGACCACUACGGACAGACUGCGGACCCGGUGUACCAGUCCCUUCAGAGCGUUGUGGAUUGGUUCAGGGAGGCGGUGGGGAUUCCAAUGGAGAGGAAGUACAACAGUGUUCUGUUCGGGGGUCUGAUCGGGUCGCUCUUCUCUCUGCUGCAGUUCCUGUCGUCCCCGCUGACCGGCGCCGCGUCGGACCGCCUUGGACGGCGACCGCUGCUGCUGCUCACCACGGCCGGGCUGGCCCUCUCCUACGCGGUCUGGGCCUCGUCCCGGAGCUUCAGCGGCUUCCUGGUGUUCCGGGUCGUCGGGGGAAUCUGUAAGGGGAACGUGAGCGUCUGCACGGCCGUGGUGGCCGACCUGCCCUGCCCAAAGGCACGCAACCGAGGAAUGGCCAUGAUCGGCAUCGCCUUCUCCCUGGGCUUCACCCUGGGCCCGCUGAUGGGGGCGUACUUCGCGGUCCACGCCGGUCAGGAGCUCUUCCACCAGUACCCCGCCCUGCUGGCCCUGCUCUUCAGCCUGGCAGACCUGCUCUUCAUCUGGCUCCUGCUCCCCGAAACCCUGGCCAAGCACCUCAAGGUCUCGUCCCCGGGGCUGGGGGGCCCCAGAGACCUGCUGAACCCCGGCUCCCUCUUCUAUUUCUCGGCUGUGUCCCGGGUGAGGGACCCCCCCUCCAAACAGAGAACGAGGAAGCUUCAGGUCCUGGGCCUGGUCUACUUCUCCUACCUCUUCCUCUUCUCUGGGCUCGAGUUCACCCUGAGCUUCCUCACGCACCAGCGCUUCCACUUCACCAGUAUGCAGCAAGGAAAGAUGUUCUUCUUCAUUGGGGUCAUCAUGAUGUCGAUACAGGGGGGGUAUUCUCGCAGAAUCCAACCGGGUCACCACAUCAAGGCUGUCCGUACGGCAAUCCUGGCCCUGAUUCCAGCGUUCGUUCUGGUUGGGCUCGCAUGGAACUUGGUGAUGCUUUAUCUCGGCCUGGCGUUGUACGCAUUCGCUGCUGCCAUCGUGGUUCCCUGUCUGUCCACGCUGGUCUCUGACCACGGCUCGGCGGGCCAGAAGGGGACGGUCAUGGGGAUCCUGAGGAGCCUGGGAGCGCUGGCCAGAGCGCUGGGCCCCAUCGUCACCUCCUCUGUGUACUGGAUGGCCGGAGCCGAAGUCUGCUUCAUCCUCACGUCGGCCAUGUUUGUAGUUCCUCUGCUGUUGCUCAGAACAGCAAGCAGGCUGAAGACGGAGUAACCGGUGAAUCACAGCCAGUCUGAGAAGGAUGAGUCCUUCCAGGCGUUAUACUGGGAAUAGCACUAAAAACAAAGAGCUUUUAGAUUUCAUUUACAUCUUUUAAGUUGAUUUGUUUACAUCUUCUUGGGAAGAACGGUUUUAUUUGGCCACAUAUCGCAAUGAGUAGAUGUAUCCAUAACAGGACAGUACUACAGGGAACUGAGGGCAUUUCAUGGGACCAAACGAUGCAAACACUUUCUAUUUUUUAUACCUCUACGCGUAUGGGCCAAGACAUUCAAUAUAUAUCUCAAUCAUUUAUGUCAAUGUUUAUUUUUAUAUAAAUGAAGUUGUUUUUUUCAAAAGUGUUUAUAUUGACAACAGAGUUGUUAACUUAAGGUACAGUUGUUUGUCUUUUAAUACAAAUAUACCGAGCUUUGAUAAUAAAAUAAAAAGAUUGAGCUUCUAAAUAA